AUGGAGCCCCGGCCUCUCCUCCUGCUGCUCGGCCUCUGCUCCGCUGGCCUUGUCCUGGGCUCCGAACACGAGACCCGCCUGGUGGCAAAGCUAUUUAAAGACUACAGCAACGUGGUGAGGCCUGUGGCAGACCAUCGCCAGGUUGUAGAGGUCACCGUGGGCCUGCAGCUGAUCCAGCUCAUCAAUGUGGACGAAGUGAAUCAGAUCGUGACAACCAACGUUCGUCUGAAACAGCAAUGGGUGGAUUACAACCUCAAAUGGAAUCCAGAGGACUACGGCGGCGUGAAAAAAAUCCACGUUCCCUCCGAAAAGAUCUGGCGCCCGGACCUGGUUCUCUACAAUAAUGCUGACGGUGACUUUGCCAUUGUCAAGUUCACCAAAGUGCUCCUGGACUACACGGGCCACAUCACCUGGACACCUCCAGCCAUCUUUAAGAGCUACUGUGAGAUCAUCGUCACGCACUUUCCCUUCGAUGAACAGAACUGCAGCAUGAAACUGGGCACCUGGACCUAUGACGGCUCGGUGGUGGCCAUCAACCCGGAAAGUGACCAGCCGGACCUGAGCAACUUCAUGGAGAGCGGGGAGUGGGUGAUCAAGGAGUCACGGGGCUGGAAGCACUGGGUGUUCUACUCCUGCUGCCCCAACACCCCCUACUUGGACAUCACCUACCACUUUGUCAUGCAGCGCCUGCCCCUCUACUUCAUUGUCAACGUCAUCAUCCCCUGCCUGCUCUUCUCCUUCUUAACCAGCCUGGUGUUCUACCUGCCCACCGACUCAGGGGAGAAGAUGACCUUGAGCAUCUCUGUCCUCCUGUCCUUAACUGUGUUCCUUCUGGUCAUCGUGGAGCUCAUCCCUUCCACCUCCAGCGCCGUGCCCUUGAUCGGGAAGUACAUGUUGUUCACCAUGGUCUUCGUGAUCGCGUCCAUCAUCAUCACCGUCAUUGUCAUCAACACGCACCACCGCUCACCCAGCACCCACGUCAUGCCUGAGUGGGUGCGGAAGGUUUUCAUUGACACUGUUCCAAACAUCAUGUUUUUCUCCACAAUGAAAAGACCAUCCAGAGAGAAACAAGAAAAGAAGAUUUUCACAGAAGACAUUGAUAUCUCUGACAUUUCUGGGAAGCCAGGGCCUCCACCGCUGGGCUUCCACUCUCCCCUCAUCAAACACCCCGAGGUGAAAAGUGCCAUCGAGGGCGUCAAGUACAUUGCAGAGACCAUGAAGUCAGACCAGGAGUCCAGUAACGCAUCCGAGGAGUGGAAGUAUGUCGCCAUGGUGAUGGACCACAUUCUCCUGGGGAUCUUCAUGCUGGUCUGUCUCAUCGGCACCCUCGCCGUGUUUGCAGGUCGGCUCAUUGAACUGAACCAGCAAGGAUGA